UCUUGACUAAUAAACCAUACUCAAGAAACGAAAACACUUCCCCUUCUUCCACGAAUCAUUUCAUUGAAUAUAUGGCAAUGAAGACUAUCUCCUUUCUUUCAAUUAUCUCUCUUUUGGCGUUAACACUUUCAUUGGUCAUUGCUUCUGACCCGAGCCCUCUUCAAGACUUUUGUAUUGGCGUCAACACCCCAGCAAAUGGCGUUUUUGUGAACGGAAAGUUUUGCAAGGACCCAAAGCUGGCGACCGCGGAUGACUUCUUUUUCUCAGGGCUUCACAAUGCAAGAGCCGUAAAUAAUGCAGUCGGAUCGAAUGUGACAGCCGUCAAUGUUAACAACCUUCCAGGGUUAAACACCCUUGGAAUCUCGCUUGUCCGUAUUGACUAUGGAGUGAACGGACAGAACCCGCCUCAUACCCAUCCACGUGCCACCGAGAUCUUGGUUGUCCAACAAGGAACACUUUUCGUAGGUUUUGUCUCAUCAAACGGAGAUGGAAAUCGUCUCUUCACCAAGACACUGAACAAGGGUGAUGUGUUUGUGUUUCCAGAAGGACUCAUCCAUUUCCAAGCCAAUGUGGGACGAUCUCCAGCGGUUGCAUUCGCUGCUCUAAGCAGCCAAAACCCAGGUGUUGUCACUAUUGCUAACACUGUGUUUGGAUCUAACCCGCCGAUAAACCCGAACGUUCUUGCUAGGGCAUUCCAGUUGGAUCCUAAGGUUGUCAUUGAUCUACAGAACAAGUUCUGAUCAUGAUGUAACAAAACUUGUGUUUUGGAAUUUCAUUCUUGCAUUUCUUGUAUUCGUCUAAAUAAGGAUCAUGCAUUGUUGGUCGUUGCCUUUUUCCUUCAAAUUUGUCAAUGAUUAUUGUUUUUAUUUCAUCAACAAUGAAUGAAUUACAUUCGU